UGGGGUUUGUGUAAAAGAAUAAAACGAACGCGCAAACAAACAGCAACUGUACUUUCUGCUGCUUCGUCGUCGCCUCCUCUAUGGCCAAAAACAGGAACAAGAAGAAGAGAAACGGUGUCGUUUCAAUGGACACCACCAACCCAUCCGUUUCGGGACUGCCUCAGGCAAUGGAUACAUCAGAGUCAGGAGUUCAAAACACGGUUUCUAGUGCUACCAAAUUAAAGAUAAAGCAAAAAGGAAGGCCUAUGAAGAGAUCAAAAAAUGUCCGAAAGAUAAAGGCAAUGGCAAAAGCUGUGUCCACAAAUGAGAAGUCUGCUGAGAGAGUGUUGAAGAAUGAAAGCAAAAAAAGUAGGGUUCAAUCUGCCAAAACAUUCUAUGAAUGAAUAGCUGGAUUCCUCAUUUUAUCACUUGGAAAAAUUUAAUGCUUAUCUUGCAAGAAUUAAAUAUACGCCUUUUGUCAUUUAAUUAGCCUAAUCCAAUUAUUUG